AUGGCAUUCGAUAUUAUCUGGGCUCUUUCAUUCAAUUCAGUUAUUGUUAAACAACUUCAAUCGAAUCAAUCAUUCAAAUCUAAAUUAGUUCAAACCAAUCAUCAAACAAAUGAUGAAAAUGUACGUAAAAUUAUAAAUGGUAUUCUUUGGAAUUUAAAUUCAAAUCGUGAAGAAAAUAUUGUAGUAGAUAACAGUAAUACGAAAAAAUUCGAUAUUAUGAUCAGUUAUUCACAUAAAGACAAACAAAUUUGUAAACAAUUGUAUGAUGAACUUAUUCAAGUUGGCUAUCGAAUAUGGAUCGAUUUCAAUCAAAUGCAUGGUAAUGUUAUGGAUGCAAUGGUAGAAGCUAUUGAACAAUCUCGAACUAUUAUGAUCUGUAUGAGUGAACAAUAUCGACGAAGUAAUUAUUGUCGAGCCGAAGCACAAUAUGCAUUUCAAAAACAAUUAAAUAUAGUACCAAUUCUUUUGCAAAAACAUUACAAACCUGAUGGAUGGCUUGCAUUUCUAAUUGGUUCAUUAUUAUAUAUUGAUUUUACUAAAAAUGAAUAUUCGAAAGCACUCGAACUGUUAAUGAAUGAACUGAAAAUGGCUGAUACACGGAAUGAAAUUUCAACUAAAUCUGUUCAAUCAAAAUUACAUAGUGUAGAAUUAUUAGCUAUAACCUCUUGUUUGACACAACCACCAUCACAAUCAAUAACAUUUCCUGAAAAUGUACAACAUUGGACGGAGACCCAUGUACAUAGAUGGCUUUCUGAAAACGAUCUUCCACAGAUGGCUCGUAUUUUGUUGGAUAUGGAUGGUCUAAAUUUAAUUUAUUUUAGUGAAUAUAUGAUCAAAAGUGAACCACAACACAUUUUAUCAUUACUUCAACAAGAUUCACUUCGUCGUAUAAACGAGAAUGUUUCACUGAUUGAAAUAUCUCGUUUCCGAAACAUUGUUCAAGGUGAAAUCAAUCCUCUUGUAAAAAAUGUUCGUCAAUUCAUUGGUUUUCCUUUUGCACAACCACCUAUUGGCACCCUUCGUUUUAAAACACCUAUUCGUAUACGUCGUUUUAAACAGCAUGUUCCUCCUAUUACUGCUGUUAAUCCAUCAUCUACCCAUAUUUAUAACACAACAGCAAGAGCACAUCAAGAUGGAUUUCCUCGGUUCACUUGUACGCAGAGCUCUUUCUCAAAUUCGAGUGUGAUCUACGCACAAGAAGAUUGUCUUUAUCUAGAUAUUUUCUUACCAUUACAUAUCAAUCAUAGAUCCUUGUUACCUGUCGUUAUCUAUAUUUAUGGCGGUGGUUUUCAAACAACAGAUCCACAUAAUCCAAGUCGAAUUAUUUCAUUGUAUCAAAAUAUUAUUUAUGUUGCUAUUCGUUAUCGUGUCAACGUGUUUGGAUUCAUGGCAUCAACAUCUCUGUCAGCUAGUCGUUUAGGACCAAUUCAGUCAUCUGGUCUACAAGGUUUUGAAGAUCAACAAAUGGCAAUGAAAUGGGUUCGAGAUAAUAUUCGAUAUUUUGGUGGUGAUCCUAAUCGUGUUACAUUACAAGGUCACUCAGCUGGUGGUGUAUCAGUUUGCCUUCAUUUAAUUGCACCUGCUUCUCAAGGUUUAUUCCAUCGUGCUAUUAUCGAAAGUGGAGGUUGUGACAUUGGACAAGUAUCUUUACAACAAAUGGAAGUAAUUGGUGAUGAUAUUACAUCUCAUUUUUAUUAUUUAAAUUUUUUUUCUUUAAAUGCUAUUCAUCCACCGAUUGAUGGUUUGAUCAUUCCUGAUUCAAUAACUAAUUUAUUUCAACAGAAAAAAUUUUCAAAAAAAGUUCCACUCUUAACCGGAACGACUAGUGCUGAAUUCGGUUUAUUUAUUGCAGGAGGUUUUGAACCAGGAUGGCAAAUCAGAAAUUUAAGUCAAACUGUAUUAUCUCAAUGGGUUCAAAUAUAUUCGAAAGGCCAAUCAGCAUAUUUAAAUACGACUUAUAAUCCAUAUAUUGCUCCAUAUUUACCAUCCAUAUUGGUCAAUUAUUACGGUUUGGCUGAUGCAUUAUCAACAGCCAUAUUUCAAUGUUCUGUUCGUCGAACAGCUGCUUAUUUAACUAAUAAUGAAUGUGGAUCUGUGUAUUUGUAUUCAUUUGAUUAUGUUCCAUUAUCAUCUCCUUGUCUCGAUUUAUCACAAUCAGUUCAUGCUCAAGAACUACCAUUUAUAUUUAAUACAGCCAAUUCAUCGGCGUUAACACAGAUUAUAUUUCCAGUUAACACAUUUAGUGAAAAUGAACAAAUAUUAGCAUCAGCUAUGAGUUUACUAUGGAUACGAUUUGCUGUUCAUGGUAAUCCCAAUACACCUUUGGAUGCUGAAGAAACGAAUCCAUUAAUAACUCAAUUAAAUCAAUUUGGUGCCUGGCCCAAGUAUUCGACAAAUACUGUGGCUGGCCUUUCUUCUUAUUUAAUUUUCGCUAACCAAGUAUCGCGAAAUAGUAGUACGACUAUUCGAUUAUUAACAAGUGGUUAUCAUUCACCGAUAUGUGCUGCAUGGGAUCAAAUUGUACCAAAUCCAACUAUUGUUAAACGAUGUGCUGCUGGUUUUAGUGGCCCGAAUUGCUCAUCACUCAAGAAGACAUGA